CAAACCUUGUUUUUAGAGCUCACAAGACGCUCGACUUUCUCCUCCCGAUUCUCUCAUCGCUUUGUUUUCAUUGAAAAAUUUGCUCUCUUUCGAUUGCCCAGGUGUCAGAAUUCGUAGCCGGAUUAAAUUAGGGUUUGGUUUUUGCGCGAGGCUUGGUGUUUUCGAUCGCGAUUUGGGGCCAGACGACUUUCUGGUAUACCCAGAAUUUGGAAUUGUUGAGUUGGGAUAGAAAUGCAGGGGUAUAGUAGACAGAGAUAUGAGCGACCAGUUGAGUAUGAUGGUUAUGGAUACGAGGAUGAUGGGUAUGGAUAUGAGGAGGAAGGAGAUGAGUAUGAGGAGGAUGAGGAAGAGGAAGAGGUAGAGGAAGAAGCUCGAAAACCUACCAAAGAAGCAAUGGAGUAUCUCGAGUUGAGACAACGGUUGAAGGAGCGGGUUCGAAGAGAGAAGAUGAAGAAAGAAGGUGGUUAUAGGGCCAGCGGUGAGAGGAGACGACUUCCCUAUGAUAAUUUUGGAUCGUUCUUUGGCCCUCCUCAACCAGUUAUCGCUGAGAGAGUGAUUCAAGAAAGCAAGUCGUUAUUGGAAAACCAGCAUCUGGCAUCUAGGGUCACAAAUUCUGUCCAUCAUAACAAGAAGAGCUCUGGGUCCUCUUCUGGCUCUAAGCCCGUAGCACAUACCCAGAAACCCAAAGUUAUUGAUGAGCAAAAACUUAAAGUCCAAAAGCGUAAAGAUACCAGGGAUUACUCAUUUUUGUUAUCUGACAAUGCGGAGCUUCCUGCUCCUUUAAAGGAUUGGUCCCCUCGAAGUGCCUCUGCUCCAAAGUCUGAGGUGCGAUCAAGUCAAUCAGUGAUGAAAAGUAAACAUUCUUCCGCCAGUAAUGGUAGACCUGUUCAUGGUAGUCGUGAAAAUGGUGUGCCUGUUCAUGGCAGUCGUGAAAAUGGUAGGCCUGUUCAUGGCAGUCGAGAAAAUGGUAGGCCUGUUCCAGGCAAUCGUGAAAAUGGUAGGCCUGUUCAAGGCAGUCGUGAAAAUGGUAGGUCUGCUCAAGGCAGUCGUGACAAUGGGAGGCCUGCUCAAGGCAGUCGUGACAAUGGGAGACCUGCUCAAGGCUUUCGUGACAAUGGGAGGCCUGUUCAAGGUAGCCGUGAAAAUGGGAGACCUGGUCGUGAUGAAACUCAUGAAAGGAAAGCAGCUCCCACUAAUGGGCAGAUACAUUCUAAAGUUGCGCCCACUAGGCCAAGUUCUGCCAGUGGCAGACCUGGUUCAACAUCCAUGGACUCUAGAAAACAACUUGGCAGCAACAUUGCGAAUGGCCCAGGCCGGCCCCUAGGACCAAAAGGUCUCCCAUCAAAGAUUCCUGCAUCUACCUCAGAGAGGAGGGCUUCUGCACCUGGUUUGAAGAAUUCCAAGUCUUCAGUGCAGAGGACAUCAUUAAAGUCAGAGUCUUCACUUCUGAAGCAGCCAGUACAGCAAAGAAAGGAUGUACGAGAAUCUUAUAAGCCCACUAUAUUAUCAAAACAGUCCAGAGGAUCGCCAAAACAUCAGCAGAACCAAAAGCCGCAAAUGCAUAAGAAAAUCCCACCACGUCCUAUGUCACAAGAGUAUCGUCCCAAAAAAAGGCCUACAAGUGGAUUUGCACAUGAUGAGUAUGACCCUGGGGAUAUUAGUCGUGAGAUCAGAAGCUUGUUUGGCUACAAUCCAAGCGCAUAUGCUGACGAUGAUGACAUUAGUGACAUGGAGGCAGGAUUUGAAGACAUUCAGAGGGAGGAGAGGAGAAGUGCAAAAAUUGCAAGACGGGAGGAUGAAGAACAAGCUAGGUUGAUUGAAGAAGAAGAAAGGAGGGAACGUAUGGCCGCCAAGAUGAGGAAAAAGAGGAGACUUGAGUAGUAGCGACCAUUCGGAGGGCAAACUUGCCUUACUAUAAGUUGUUUGGUCACCAAUUAAGUGGUCUGGUGCAAAAGGGGAGUUAAAGUGGAGUUGACAAUGAUUGGGCUAAUUAUUCUCCAGAUGUAGGUUUACCUGCAUUGAUAAUUCAAAUGUAUUCUUGGUGAAUGAUGUGAAGCAUAAGAAGUUUUGGGUCUUGUUGGAGAGUGAUUUUCUUUGCCCAAAGUUCGGUAUCCUAUCCUAAUUGUAUAGCAAAGAGGAAAAAAAGAGAGAGGAGAAGAUAAUGUGGUUAACAUAAUAACAAGAUACAGCAGCAAUCCAUUGCAAGUUUAUAGUUGUAAUGUGUGGGAACUGGGAAGUGUGUGUUGGCGGGCUGACCUGUAUAACUGUAUUCAAUAUUGAAUAGCAAAUGGUUUU